AUGGCCUCAUCAAUGGACACUGUUCUCCGUGGUCUGUACUUAGAUUUCCGGUUUGAAGCGAUCUUCUCCAUUAUGGACCUGACAAAACUCAAUAUUUAUUGUACGUUUGAUGAGCCAUGUCACGGUCUAAAACUUAAAGCAGGUACUCGGAAAUUUAAACUGCGAAAAAGUUUAACCCCAACGCAUAGCACUGGAUGUAGUGGGGAUCAUACCAGUGGUUCAGGCCAUUACUACUAUCUCGAGGCCAUCAAUAAACCCACAGACUCUCGACAUGGGCUGAUAACUACCCACACAUUUCCAGUUGGCCACAAGAUCUGUGUCGAGUUCUGGUUUCAUAUGUAUGGAUCUGACAUUGGAUCACUGUACAUAGAGAUUAAGGAAAACAAUGUAGUCUCACCCAAAAAGGUUGCUGGAGGGCCUCAAGGAGACAGCUGGACAACAUUCCGGAUUAGGAUUGUACCCAAGCACAGUGAUGCACUCAUCGCCAUUGUCGGAUAUGCGGGGAGUGGGCCCUACGGAGACAUCUGUAUUGACGAUGUGGCAAUCUUUACUGACCACAAGUUAUCACAAACUCCAAUAUCCACCUCUGUAGAGUCGCAAGCAUCUGACUGUGCUGUGAAAUGCAUGCAGAUUUCAAACUGCCGAUCAUUCAAUUUUGGGCCGUCAGGACAGUGUGAACUACUUGGGUCGUUUGUGUGUGACAGUGCUGAUAUUAUAAGUCCUUUUCCAGGGUUCCGACACUAUGAUAUCGAGAAUGAACGACUGGACGAGCGGCUACACCAGAUGAGAAACACAUCAGCCUGUUUAAGCAAUGGACGCUGUUCUCCGAAAUGCGGGAAAAGUAUUGGGACGAAUUGUACAAUACAUGCCGAAUGCAUGGCUAUCGAUCUGAGCUCGUCUUGUCGAGACGGUUUCUGUAGCUGCUUAGUCGGGUUCGCCUACAACGUUACUACAUCUAUAUGUGACGAAGAGAAUGUGGUUGUAACAACGACAGCAACAACUACAACCAUCCCAUCCACUACUACAACACCCCCAGCAUCCUCAAGUACACCAUUAACUACGCAAUCGCUGAAUAUUACCACAGAAACUGCUAGUGCAACAUCUGUAACUACUCACGUUACCAAUACGUCUAAUCAGACUCCGGAUCCAAAUGCGUCAACAACCACGGCUGUACCCACAAGUACCCCUGAUGCCACAAUCACAGAUCCAGCUGCCAACACGACUACGCAAGCUGCAACCACAACAGCUCCAGCAGCCAACACGACCUCGCAAGCUGCAACCACAGAUCCAGCAUCCAACAUGACCUCGCAAGCUGCAACCACAACAGCUUCAGCAGCAAACACGACUUUGCAAGCUGCAAAUACAACAGCUCCAACUUCGACAACUCCAGCUUAA